AUGCGCUGCGGAUACGCGGUGCCAAACCUGGCAGAGAGAGAGACAGAACUGAAGAAGGCUGCGCGGCGUGGACGAAUAAUGAAGCACACCGGGCCAACUGCUAUCGUCAGGGCUGCCAAUCGUCAGCGACAGCCGGAGGAUGAAGGAUUUCGGUUCUGCUCUUUGGUCAGUUCCAGGCAGACUAGUACCAGCCUUUCGAAUGCUGCACGUUUUGUUCCGAGGUUAGACGGGAGUUCAAGCCUUUGUCUGGCUGUCUGCAAGAAGACCAACCCCGUCGACCACCACGCAACUCCUUUGGACUUACUAAAAAGGACAACUGGAUCGCCCGGAAGAUCCCCUCCCCGGUCGACGAAGGGAAUGACUCGUCAGAUGGAAGGGGGGGUGCAAGCGUACUUGAGCGCGCGAGGAAGAUCCACCGGGUCAGACAGUCAUUCACUCACUCAGUUCUCCCCAGACUUGAAUUACAUACAGACAAACGUUGAGCCGGACUGCCGAUGGGGAGCUGAUGAGAUCUCUUCCCAAGACUAUUCCGGCAGCUCUACGAUAGUGACUCGAAGGGAGAGAAACAGGCAGAGUUUCCUGAUUGGGCAAGGGUCUCUGAUGGCAUCUGGCGCCAUUCCCGUUCAGGACCAAUCACCAGACAGGCGCUUCUCCUCGCUUUUGAUUGCCUCGAGCCAAAGUCUGUCCGGUCCCGUCAGGUACCUUCGAAUGACUCCCCCAGAUGAAUGGGGAUGUGGUCAUAUUCCCGUGGCGAUCAGGCUUGUGGAAUAUCUCAUUCCUACAGAAAACAUUGAUGGUGUUUUCCCUCCCAGAUACCAGAGAGUGUUGAUGCAUACUCCCGUCUGCACGAACUUUUUCCCUGGACAGCUCCAUGUUGAGUUCGUCUAUUUGGGAAACGACUGGCCGGAGAGCUCGAGCACAUCCAGCGCCAGUAAGCAAGCAGUGGAGAUAGUUAGGGGCCCUGUUGCUGUUGUGUCCAGGAACUCCUGCGUGAUCAUCAGCAGAACGAGGCAACAAACUGUCAUGCAGAAUGCAAUCGGAACAAUCCCAGGCCGGAGUCAAGUCAUCUCCGACCACAACGGAACUGUCAUCAUUCCUGUGGCUUCCAGUGUUUGUUGGGGCCACGAGGCACGGAGAGUGGUGGAGGGGGAAAAGCAAAGGGCAGAUGACCCAGUCGGACUGGAAGGUCACGAGCGCGGGCGCUAG